AUGGCGGCGGCGAAGUCGAACCAACUCAGCACCCUUGUGGCCAACAUGUUCACUACGGGUUUGCUGGACGAUCAAUUCCGGCAGCUUGAGAUGCUCCAAGACGAGGGCAACCCAGACUUCGUUGCCAAGGUUGUCAUGCUUUUCUGCGAGGAGGGUGAGCAUAUCAUUGGCGAGCUCGCCAAGCAAUUGGACCAACCAUGUGUGGACUAUGGCAAGGUGGACACAUUUGUGGAUCAACUCCGGGGAAACAGUGCAUGGUGAGGCCGCUUUUCUUCUUCUUCCAUGUCCUCUUCGUAUGUGUUUGUGCAGUAGUAUGUAUCAGGACUAUAGUAGUUUUUUGUGUCCUGGCAUGAAAAGUAGGUAUUUAGAUCCCAGCUGUAUCCAUCAUAGGGCAUCCUAUAAUGUUGGGGGAGAAUUAUUGUGUGUUCUGAUCAUUAUAGUGUUUUAUAGCAACGGUGGUCAAUUUCCUGAAUUGACCGGGCGGCUCAACGAGUAUGGAUUGAGAUAAAUAUGGGGAGCGUUGAUAUCAGUUUGGCAAGUUGUAGUGAUUUUUCAU